UGGCCACCAAUUAUCCCUAACGCCAACGCCGUGCCGGUGCGAGGUUGAAAUCUUUCAUUGGAAAUUCUGUAAGAAAAAGUCCCUGCUAGGCGGGCAGGACUCAAAAUCGGCGAAAGGACCCGAAUCCAGGAAGCAUGAGCAUGGCACCGGCCACCGUCCUCCAGAUGCUGCGCGGCCUGACCUCGCCGCGCGUUCUUACCCGAAUCCGCCAGCCCAGCGCAUUGGGUAAUCACCCAGCCCACCACCACCGCCGUGCUUCAUCGCGCCUGUCCACUUCCACAUCGCUGCCAUCGGCUCGCGGCUACAGCAGUACCACCAAGCAGGAGACUGGAGGAGCCGCCGGAGGAGCCACCUCCGAGGCCACGCCACCCGUCUCAAAUGCCCCACUGCUGGCCAAGCUCUUUCCCCAGACCUCGCCCGAGGUGGACAGCACCGCCGAGCAAGAGCGCCAGAAGCGCGAGGAGGAGGAGGCCAAGGAGAAUGAGCGCGCCUGGAAGCGCAUGAAGCUGGGCUUCGCAAUCUUUGGCGGCGGCGGUGUGGCCGCUGGCCUGUGGGCCGUCUACGAGUUCGGCAAGCCAGAGGUAGAUCCCAACGGGCAGACCAUCGAGGAUGAGUUCACACACAAGCCGCUGGUGCAGCAAUAUCUGCAGCGAAUGUGGAAGAGCAUGCACUACUAUCAGCGUAUGAUCCAGGAGCCGUCGCGGGCCAAGCUGCUACCCGAUCCGCUCAAGCCGCCGUAUGUGCAGCCGCGCUAUACGCUCGUCCUGGAGAUGAAGGACGUGCUGGUGCAUCCGGACUGGACGUACCAGACGGGCUGGCGCUUCAAGAAGCGUCCCGGCGUUGAUCACUUUCUGGCCGAGUGCGCCAAAGAGUUCGAGAUCGUUGUGUUCACUGCCGAACAGGGCAUGACCGUGUUCCCCAUCCUGGACGCCCUCGAUCCCAACGGGUACAUCAUGUACCGCCUGGUCAGGGAUGCCACACACUUUGUGGACGGGCACCACGUAAAGAACCUGGACAACCUGAAUCGCGACUUGAAAAAGGUAAUUGUAAUUGACUGGGAUGCGAAUGCCACCAAAAUGCAUCCGGACAAUACAUUCGGCUUGGCCCGCUGGCAUGGCAAUGACGAUGAUGGUCAACUACUGGACUUGAUUGCCUUCCUGAAGAUUAUUGCCCAGAACAAUGUGGACGAUGUGCGUGAGGUACUCCACUACUAUCGCCAAUUCGACGAUCCCAUCAGUCAGUUCCGGGACAAUCAGCGCAAAUUGGCCGAGCAAAUGCAGGAGGCGGAACGCAUCGAGCAGUCAAAAACCAAGCCCAUGGUCAAGCAGUGGUCGCGCAACAUUCUGGGGCGUUAGGAGGCUGGCCAUCCCGCACACCCCGUUCCAUAUCCAUACCUUAACCUUCCGCCUGCCCCGAAGCACAGAAAUCGGGAGACACAACAAACAACAAACCCCCUGCAGCAGCACACUGGCCAUAAUUUUCAUCGAUUAAGAGAUGGAGUAGGGCGCAGGAAAGGAAGGCACGCUCUUUUUAUUACUCCUUUGGGAUAAGGAUAAGGCGAAUGUUUUUGUUUAAAUAAAUAACUAAACUUGCUUGUUUUUGUUGUUUGGCAAUGUAA